AGAAAUGUUAUAACUUUGUUAAAAGCCUACGUGACUUUAAAAUUAUACAAGCAACGUGAAAGUUAUCAAGUAAAAUAUGGUGAAUAUAUUAAUUGGUUGCACUGGCAGCGUGGCAUCCAUUAAAGUACCUUUAUUGGUGGAAAAAUUAAAAUCAAGUAAAGUAUCUAACUGCACAUUGAGAGUUGUAACCACCGAAAACGCAAAGCAUUUCUUUGAAAAAACUUCACUUAACGUUGAGGUUUAUGAUGAUAAUCAAGAAUGGGACACUUGGAAAAAACGUGGGGACCCAGUUCUUCAUAUAGAACUGCGGAAAUGGGCAGAUGUGUUUAUUAUUGCCCCAUUAGAUGCUAACACAUUAGCUAAACUGUCCAGUGGGGUGUGUGACAAUUUGGUGACAUGUGUUGCUCGUGGGUGGCCUGUGGGGGAGAAGCCGUUCAUAUUUUGCCCAGCCAUGAACACAAUGAUGUGGCAGCAUCCAGUAACAAAAAUGAACAUAGAUGUGUUAGAGUCGUGGGGUUAUGUGCAAGUACCACCAGUGUCAAAGUUGCUUGUGUGUGGUGAUGAGGGAUUGGGGGCAAUGUGUAGUGUGGAUACCAUUGUUGAAGUCACUGAGGAAAUUAUAAACCGUGACCAACGUACAUAAGAGCAUUUUAUCAUGUGCAAUAAAUUGUUAGUUCAUUACCACCUGCAUUUUUAUAAAUUAUUUAUUGUUUCA